CGUGUCGGCAACGUGUGUUUAAUCGGUGCAAGUGGCGAAGAGACGCAGGGACCACGAAGGGACCCACGUUCCGUGACAAGAAGCACAAGGAACUGACUCUAUUCUAGGUGAAAACAGUCCAGCGUAGCGCGUCGUGGCGACAGUUAACGAAAAAAGUUGCGAAACACGGGAGUUCUUCUUCCAAACGUCGCGUGCUAGUUCAGCGAUUCUUUCAAAGUGAAUUUGUGAAACGUGCAAGUAUUUAGUUCUGUAUUUAAUUGCAAUUAGUCGAGAUUAAUUUAUCAGCCAUAAAGAGCAGCUCACGAUCGGUGUUGUAGAUGACAUUUAAGAACCUGAUGAAUUUUGGAAACCUUGCCAAAGAUUCUUAUCGUCCUCCCAUCGACAGAUACCACAGUGGCCCUAGUGGCUACCACCACAGUGGUUCCGGUGGUUAUCAUCACAGCGGUUCCGGUGGUUAUCAUCACAGCGGUUCCGGUGGCUACCAUCACGGCUCACGCGGGAGCUACAAGGGCAAAGGUGGAAGCGGAGCCGCGCUUAGCGCAUUGACUCUGCUCGCCUUCCUGUUCCUCAUAAACGUCAUGCAGCAAUCUCUGCAGGAUAACAAUUCGACGACGUCAACGAUGACGCCCACUGUGAUACUGCGCGACGGUGACCAACCAAUAGCUCUGGAUGCUAAGGAGGAGGAUGACAAGAAGGGGGACGUGGCGAAGCGUGACGGCUCCUACAGGACACCAGCGAAAUCCAAGAUCGAAAGGCUUAACAAUCAGUAUAUUAAAUAAAACCAAUUGGUACAUGAUGAUUGAUACACGAUAGUAGUCGAAAAAAAGGGUGGUGAAAGUUGCUUCGCAUUCCCAUUAACCAUCCUAUCCCGUGGGAUCGCCGCUUUUACAUCGUAUUAAAAGAGACAGACCUAACCCAUUUGCAUCCGUAAGCGAAAUAAUCCGCACCAGGCCAUUGUCUCCUAUCGCCAGACUGCGAACGUUCAUGCAAAUUCGUACUUACUUAGAUGAAGAAUUGAGACCAAAACGAAAGUAUGUUGUACCUUCUAAACAGUGUAAUAUGUAUUCUACCGUUGAUAUUUUACAUAUUUUUGCAUUUGUGUCUCAUAAAUUUGCUCGCAUUUACAACUUGUUAUAAAUACAUAAAAAUUCGCAGUCUAGCUAUCACCAAAUGCGGAAUAAUACUAAUAAAAUAAUAAGAGAAACUUUUUCUUCUUCUUGCUGUCCUAUACUAUUUAAAAUGCCUGACCUGGUACGAUUAUUGGUGUUUUAUUCUAGUUAAAAUGUCCACUAGGGCCACUAUGGUAUCUGUCGAUGGGAGGAUAUGAGCAUCUUUUUACCAAGGUUUCCAAAAUUCACCAGGAUCUAAAACGUUCUCUGAAACGCCGAUAGCGAAUAGCUCUAGCUGUACAAACGUAUAAUAAUUUCAAUUAUUACACGUAAUUUCUAAGUAAAAUCAAUGAUAAACGAAAACUACCUGAUACAACAUCUUGGACGAAUACGUCUAGUAGCGUAUUCAGAGCUUUGAUGCAAAUGGGUUAAGACAUAAUAUUUAUUGAAUCAUUUUUUUCUUUAACAAUUCCUUAAACGGAUGUGCUUCGAAGUAUCGUAUAUAUAGCAUACGUUGUUCUCUUAGUACACACUCUCCUUUCGCUUCGUCUUAUAUAUAUAUAUAUAUUUAUUUUGUGUUCUCUUUUAAAUGUAGUUACGUAAUAGCUGUAUAAUUUCUUUGAGAAUAAACAUAUAUAUAUACAGCGAAAAAUCUUUAUUUCUUUUAUUUAUUUACUUUUUUUUUUUUAAAUUUCUUUCGCGUUCAAACGUGUGUACAGACCGAAUGCCACUUCCGGUGGUCAACACGGAAACUCAGCUGAAAGAUUAUUUAGAAGAAUAGACUCUAUAGGAAUAAUGAAUGCUGCUCCUCAGAAAAUAACAGGCUUAGAGCCGUCCACGAGACGAGGCUUCUCUACGAAAUUCCUCUCUUGCGAUUUCUUUUGUCAUGCUUCACGUUUUUCGUUUCAUUUUUCAGGUGAUUUUCUUUCAUUGACAAGUCAGCUGAAAAGUUCCGUCCACCUAACUUUUGUAUAUCUCAAUUUCUAUUUAUCAUUUCGCAACGUUGCAAAUUUGCUACCAAUCUGCACGUGAAUCGAUAUUAGAAGUUGAUCUUCAAGGGAUGUAGGGACGUCAGCAAUUUGUUGAGGCCCAUUGGCCCACCUAUAGCUCGGGUACCUCGGGAUUGCUAAGCCCGUACUGUAGCUAUAAUCAAACCAUGAAGACUGUAUAAGGAGUUCCAACUGUGUAGUGUAGAAGUGUUAUCAAAAUCCCGAGCUUUAAGUUAUGAAUAUUUCUACCACUUACAACGCAAGUGUGCACAGAUUACGAUAUAUAU